AUGCCCUCUGUAAAUUCAUCAUCCAGAAAUCCUCUAAUUAAACAGCAAUCCCUAGCCGAUAAUCAUCGCGAACAUGAAAACGACGUGUACAAAAAUGCACGUAUAUCUCAAGCUGUCCAGCAGUGGCAUUCGCAAACAUCGAACAUGUAUGUUUUACCACCACCAGCCGAUUCAAUUCCAACGAACGGUCAUGCAAAUCCUAAUCUGUCAAAUUCUACUGAUAAGACGAGUAAUAAAGAUGAAAUCCAAUCCAAUCAGACCGAAUCAGAUAAAUCAACAAUGACGGUGAAGAAACGAACGACACCCGUACCUGCUUCUUACGCGCGUCGUAGAGCAAAUAUAAAGAACGAAGCUGCAGCAGCAAACUUGCUUCAACCGAAUAAUAAAACUAAACCUGCAGGAGCAUCAACAAAAAAACCCGUAAAACCAUCACCUAUAUUUAUUGCUCCAAAGAAGACGUCACAGCAGCCGCAUACUUAUUCAACUCCUCUUUUUGAUGAAUUACAACAACUUCAACGAAAGAAUACUCUCGAACGACAAAAGGCAUCUAUAGAUGAUCAACAGAACAUUUCACCCGUCGCAUCGUCCAUGUCAUCAUCGUCACCUGUACGUUUCUUUGCUCAUUCAUCAGCUAGUUCACUUGAUGAUGAAUACUCCAGUGACGAAAGUGAUCAUGAGAGUUUGUUAAUAAGAAAGAAGAUGUCUCAUAUUAAGGAUCAUCAACUAAAUUUAUCAUGUCCAUCCUAUUUUGCUCUACCACCAACAAUUUGCAUUACUGAUCCUCAUGGACAAUCGUACACGAUUGAUACUGACGACCAUUAUGCCGGCUUAAAUGAUGUGCAUGAACAAACAAACGAUUCGGAUCCCUAUUCACCAGUUUUCGCUCAUCCAAUGGAGAUUUCGCCAUCACCAACGGAUAAUUCCAUGCCGUCAUCGGCGAUUCUCGAUAAACACCCUCUGCAUAGUAUUGGCGAAGAAGAAGAGGAUGAAGACAAUGCUGAUGUAAAUACAUUCUCGAAAGAAUUGAACCGUAUUGAAGCCUUGACUCGAUCGCGGCAGCCGAAAGUCGAUGUCACAAGUCAAGAGAUAGAACAACCUGAUAAGGAACCAUUAAGUCGACGAUGGAGUGAUGGUAUUGUCGAUCAAGACAAAGAGAAAGGAGCUGGAGCACAGUCGACAUUGAUAAAAAUGCCAAGUGUGGCAAGUGUAACCAAACCAACUACAACCAGUCCACCUGUCAAACUAUCGAAAACUAAAUACAUUUUGAUGAAACUACAUUUAACAUCAGCGAAUAAAGAUGACGAAUCGAAUAUGUCAUCGGCAGCAAUAGUAACAAAUCCUCCUAAGAAACGCACUGUCCAUCGAUCUUCGGACAAGAAACGUUAUCAAACACAAUGA